CCAGUUACAGGAACCUUCGAAGUCGCGAUCUCCGAGAAGAUACUCAGGCUGUCACGUCCUCGGAGGACGAACAUCAGCACAAGUUCGUAAUUGAUGUCCACGAUUUCAUGGACGGCGGAGAGAUCAACGUGAAAGCUGUCAACGACCGAGAACUGGUCGUUUCAGGCCACACGGACAAGAAGGAGGGCGGCGCCAAGUCCAGCAAGCGGUUCCUGCGACGCUUCGUUGUUCCUGGAGACAUUCAGCUUGAUGCCGUUACUUCGGUCAUGUCUUCCGAUGGCGUGCUCACUGUUUCUGCUCCGAAGAAGCACUCGACACUCCAAAUAGAGGAGGUCUUUUCGCCCAUAAGCAUCGACGGAAGUGAGAAGAAGCUGACCAGCCCAGGCGCGACCAAAGACAACUCUCAAUAUGCACUUCACAAUGGCCAGGGAAGUCCUGAGGCCCCUCCGACCAUGCCGUCAGGAGCCACGGCGUCUCCUGUCAGCCAACAGAUAUUCACAGGGCAAAAUCCUGAUUCCCCAAACAAAGAGGACUCAUACCCACACGUGACUUCAGCCGAAGGAAUGCACGUUCCACCAGACCCACAACCCCCUUCCUUUCCCGCUCCUUUGAAGCGUGUCUCUACCAAGCCUAAGGGCAAGGAGGCCAACGAGGGCGCCGAGGAGAAGGUCGACUAUCAAGCAGAGACCCCAAAGCCCUCUUCCUCCUCAGCUCCUUCGAAAAGCGUGUCUGUGAAGCCCAAAUCCUUCGACAGAAAGGGGAGGGAAGGCAGCGAAGAGGAGGAGAAGGUCGACUAUCAAGCGGCGCUCAAGCCAAGAACCGCAGGAGGGAAAUUCCCGAUCAAGAUCAGCGGGACGGUGAUCAACAGCAAUGCGGUUUAAGUGUGGGAGGAAAAGUUGAUAAUUGGGAUGGAAUUCGGAGGUACAAAAAUGUGUAGAUGAUUUUUUUUUUCUAUUCUUUUUUUACUGUCAUUUUGUUUAUAGAAUUUUGUAACUUGCAUGUGAUAGUCCAAGGUCCCUGUUAAGUAAUACGUUGAUCCUAUGAUGCCAAAGAUAUUUUUUUAUGAGCAUCUAUGCUAAUAUGUCUAUUCACAAAUAUAUUUUUAUAUAUCUGCAAACACA